AUGCAGUGCGUUUACCUAAAGUUUCUCCUAACAUUCGUCCUUUUGACGAUUGCUUCAUUAUCUUCCGCAGAACAACAACAACAACAAAAAGAUCGCCACCCCGUCGUCAAGAAUCGAGAACACAACAACCGAGAACUUCAACAACAAGUGCAACAAGUACCACAACAGCAACAACAAGGACAUAGAAGAGAGCAAGUAACAUGUGAACGAGGAAACAGAACUCCUUUCCAGAGCAGGAUUGAACUGAGCCUGGCCGUUAACGUUUAUGUAGCCACGAAUGGGGCUGAUAUUAGUCAACAGGCCGUCUAUGGGACUCCAAUCAAUUGUUGGGACGUUUCCCAAAUCACAAUCAUGACACGAUUAUUCGAGGGAAAAUCCACCUUCAAUGCCGAUGUUUCUGGAUGGGAAGUCUCCCAAGUGACCAACAUGGAUCGCAUGUUUGCCGGUUGCACGGCUUUCAAUCAGCCUUUGCAGGCUUGGGACAUGUCGGGGGUGACCUCGGCGAAUGCGAUGUUUGAAAAUGCCCGAUCCUUCAAUCGGCCUCUAUCGUCCUGGAAUUUGCAAUCUUUGGGCAGCGCGUCGGGUAUUUUUCAAGGGGCAUCUUCCUUUUCCCAGAACUUGUGCGGUUGGAGCAACCAGCUCCCGGCUUCAUUUACUUCUACGCAAGUGCUUGGUGGAUUUCGAGACACAAACUGUCCCGUCCAGACUGAACCAAUCUGUACACCGGGCCAAGGAGGAUGCCAAGGUCCAUUUUGCUUUGCUUGUCCGACGGCACCCACUGCUCCAGUGCCCGCUACAAACCCGCCAACGGCUACAACGAAAGCUCCAAGUAUCCCAACUCCCACACCAACAAAGAGGCCUACGCCACUGCCGUCGGCAGCCACAAAUGCCCCAAUCCCCCCACCAACCAAAACUCCUACGGCUACAACGAAAGCUCCAAGUGCACCAAGUCUUCCUCCAACAAAAAGGCCUACGCCACUUCCAUCUGCAUCACCAUCCAGCGGACCUACCGUCAAGGCGACACCGAGCCCAACUGUCACACCUGGAGAACCUACAGUUUCACCUACCAUUGCUGCUUCAGUCAAUCCCACCAUGGUCCAGACUAGCGAGCCAUCUCCUCCACGUGUUGAUCAACCGACCGUGGCACCUGUCGCUACGGGUUUUCUUCCACCAUUUACAUCCACACCUAUGACACCGACGGUUUCACCUCCACCCUCAUGGAAUCCAACUGCGGCUCCUCCUGUUGGAAUUUUGGAUAACAGCGCUGCUGCUGGAAGGAUGUCACAAUGGAUGGAAUCGUUAAUUGCGAUUGCAGCAACCAUGGCCGUUGUCAUUUGGUGA